AAACUGCAGCAUGUUUUCAGCUCAUUUCUGAGGGCGACCAUUACAAAAGCAGUUGACAAUCAUUAUGGCCUGAGUUUGUCAGCAUGGAGCAUCCACAUUGCUACAAAGUGGGCGUGCCUCAUCACAGCAGAAAACUUUCCUGUGUAAAGGUUGAGAUAUGUAAUCCCUACCCACCACUGAAGAUAAACAGAGCAUUGUUCAGCAAAAUGACUGGCACAAGAUUUUUUCUUAUGUUUUCUGGCUGUUUAGUGGCUCUUCUUAUUUGGGGAUGCACAACUGUGAUUUGUCUGGUUAAUGACAAUGUAACAGUGCAACUGGUCACAACAACAACGGCAAUGACAAGAGGGCAUAAUGAAACACAAGAAAGUGAGGUCUUUGGAAGCCAACUGCCAUUUGCUUGCGGAACAAAUUCUCCCAGUUGCCCCACUUAUUGCAAAAUCUGUGUGGAUGUUUUUGGCAAACCAACAAUGGAAUGUCUUUCUGCUUUAUUCACUCAUCUUUGUCUGCCUGUGUUCAAUGAUUCAAUAAGAUCACUAAACACGACUGACUGGUGCGUUUGGGAUAAAGUGAGCAGCUUGUACAGCAACUUCAGCCUUUGCACUGAGGAGAUAUCCGACUGCCUCCUGAUCCCAUGGCCAAACUCACUGGUGGAAGCAUUCUUUGUCAACAUCCAUUCUGAAUUUUUCAAAAUAUGCCCCACAGAGGACUUUACUGACCCACCACCAGCCAUUGUGUUUGCCCUUGUGAUCACUCCCAUCUGUCUGAUACCAGUAAUGGUCAGCCUGGUGGUGCUCAAGACCAAAAACGGGGAUGGUGCCUCCUGAUUGAAGCACUAGAUAUGAUCUUUGAUACUGAUUAUGUUUACUUGAAAACUGCUUUUCUAUGCUUAGACUGCUUUUAUGCCUUCAUUUGUCCCAUAAUCCUGCAGACGUCUAAGUCUCUCUGGACUUAAUGGAGUUAAUGCUCUGCCUUUUUAAAGGAUGUCUGUCAAAUGAUAAACUUCUUUGAAAAUGAAAGUGGGGUUCAUUUGCAUUGCCAUCAGCUGUUAGUGCCUUACCUUUGGUGGACAGUGCUAAGAACACCUCCUAAAGAAACAGAAAAACGUUUGGACAUUCAAGUGGAGUCAUCACUCAGAAACAACUCCAGUCUUUAAAAUUUCACAGGAACUCAUUAAAGCUAAUUAGGGUUUUUUAGGGGGUUAUUAUAACAUGAAAGUCUAUAGCUGUUUACACUGUAAACUGUAUUAAUCCAUGGUAUGGUAUGUAACAAUAACGUUUUAUAUGAAUCACAUAUUAGAACAAGGAAGUGGUUAGGUUUAACUGGUCAGUAUGAUCUGAUUUGAUGCAAAAGUCAUAAAAUGUGAAAUAUCCACACAACAGUGUUUGCUCAAACUAUUACUGACCAUGAGGUGGAUCAUCUACGCAAUUAAAACAAUUAUAAGUAGCAGUUUUAGGAUGAAAGGGAUUCUGAUUCCGUUUGUCCUACAUGUUAGCAAGAAUGUUAGCAAGAAUUUCAGUACUUCUUUUCCUUCUUUUCAACUGAAGGGACUCUUUGAUCUCUACUUUGUCAAAACACUUACUGCUGACAGUUACUCUACAAGAACCCCUACCUAAAUUUUCCAAACUUUCACUGUAGGAAAAGGCUGUAUAAAGGUGUUGUGUUUUUAAACCCACCUAGUUACAAUGCUUUGUUCUAUUUGUAUUCGAAAGUUGGAGUUUCUGAGUUUGCAGGCAGAAAUACAACAACAAAAGCCGUAAGCCAUUAGCCAUAAAGUCGAAAUUCCAACUUGGAGAGUUGGAAGUCACUGAGCAUCCCCAAGUUUAAUACACAUGGCUUGAGUGCAUAUAAAAUAUAAUUAAUUUUGCUGGUUUAAACUCCUUUUUUUUUCAAACAGUUACUAUUUGUAUCUUUACAACCUAUUGUACAACAUUUUGUGGUCAACAUUUUCUUCAUUGUUUAAUACAUAAAAUUGUGAGAAAUGCACGAUUAUCAUUGUAUAUUAGUGCUAGUAGUUAGUAUUACAACAUUUAGUGAAUCCCAGGGGUUUUCCAAAUUGCAACUGGUUUGCUCUCACCUCUAAUGUGACCUCAUUCAAAAAUCCAAACAAAUAGGACACAGCAUGAGUACUGACUCAACCAGUAUCAACAUAACAUUCUGCAAACAAAGCUUAUAGCAGAAAUAUAUAUUCAGUGUUGACAGAAGCUUCAAGGCUUGCCAUUGUGAAAAUAAAUUAAAACUUUUAGUGACUGUCCUUAUGGUGGGUAUUCGUUUUGCCUGUAUGGAAAAUUUGUUUUAAUAAUAAAUGAGCAGCAUAUUUUUUUGCUGCUCAAACUAAACUCUGAACUAUCUCGAGUUGGACCUGUGUUGAAUCUGUAAGAGUGUUAGGAUGACAUGAGAAUUGUUGAAUAUAUUAACUUUGAGUGGAUGAGGGGUUUUGUAGUCAAAGGGAAAGCAACCUGAACUAAAUCAAAAGGGAGUGACCACUGAGAUAGCUCUUCUGUUACUGUUUUUCUUUCAAUAGCAUGAAUUCUGCCUCCUAUCUAAAUAUUAAGAAUUUAUUGGGAUAAUUCAGAGUUUAUUCUGACCUAGACAAAAGACAUUAAUUGUCUGUGCAGAUUAGUUAUAUACACUGAGUGAUGACAAGAAGAUCAACCCAAGUCUCUUUGCUUGCAACAUGAUAGGGUGGAUGUGUUCAGUUGUGCAUGACAGUAAAGCCCCAGUAGGUGCUUUCAGACUUGGAACAAAAUGUGUAUUUAUAUGCUCUACUUUAACUUUGUUGACAAGGAAAAAUGGAUGCAGUUUGCAGUCUGAAAGAAUACAUUCACUUUGUUCUCACACCAUGUACUGUGCACGUCUGUAUACUUUUUUUGUCUUGUAAACUAUUAAAUCUAUAUUUAAAUAGUU